UCUUAGAAGUUAGGUCGUUUGAAGACAAAUGUACGAAACUUGAAUAAAAAUAAAUGCAUUCUAAAUAUUUGUUAAUAGUAUUAAGCAUAUUGCCGCCUGCAUUAAAUGCGGCGCAUAUAUUAUCAUUAUUUGGAACGCCCGAACGUGCACAAUAUGCCUUUAUAGAACCGCUACUCAAAGAAUUGGCUAGUCGGGGUCAUCAAAUAACUUCAAUAACAAAUUUUCCACAAAAAGAAAAUGUAACAAAUUUUCGUGAUGUUGUGGUUGAAAAAAAUAUAAAUUUAUUCAAUGAUUUCCAGAAUUUUAGCUUGGAAAAUAUUGAAACAAAUUACUAUGAAGUGGUGGAUGAAAUUUAUAAUCGAGUUUUCCAAAUAUGUAUAAACAUACAAAAUGAUGCUACCGUACGUCAAAUACUUGAUAACGAGAAAAUUGAUUUAAUUAUUAUGGAAGUAUAUUUUUCGGAAUCAUUUUUUGGUCUAUCGGAAUAUUUGAAGGCUCCAAUGGUGGGUGUAUCCACUAUAGGUACCAUGCUUAAUAUUGAUGAAUUGGUGGGUAAUAUAAGCCCUGUGUCAUAUAUACCACACAUGAUUUUACCACUAAGUGAAAUGAACUUUUUCCAAAGACUUUUAAAUGUAAUAUUGUAUUUUGUGGAAUUGACGCAUUACUACUAUAAAUAUUUGCCGGUACAAAAACAAAUCUAUAAUUUUUACUAUCCCAAUGCUAAACUAACAUUUGAAGAAGCCCAAAAGAAUUUAUCUUUAGUGCUGUUGAAUGAUCACUUUUCUCUGUCAACACCAAGGCCUUAUGUGCCUAAUAUGAUUGAAGUGGCUGGCUUAAAUAUCGUAACAAACCCAGAUCCUCUAACACCUAGCAUCAAACGAAUACUCGACAAUGCCCACCAUGGAGCCAUACUUAUGUCCCUUGACGUUGUUAUGUCUCCCCACAUGAUAAACAUAUUUUUGCAACAAUUUAAGUCUAUGCCUGAAAUAAUAUUAUGGAAAACUUCUCAGAAAAUCCAUAGCAUGUCUUCAAAUGUGUUUGUAAGUGCCAACUUUAACGAAGCCUCGAUUCUAACACACCCCAAUAUUAAACUAUAUAUAACACCUGGUAAUUUUCUAAGUAUUAUAGAAAGUGUUUACCAUGGUUUACCGAUUUUGGGAGUGGCAUCUACCGAAAAACAGGAUGAUUAUGUGGAUUACACCAAAAAGGUUGGCAAUGGCUUGUCCAUUAAAUUAAACACCAUCUCAGAGAGAGUUCUGUCUAAAGCUUUCAAUGAAGUCCUAAGAUCUCCCCAUUAUGCCAAUAUUGCCAAAACAUUAUCGCAUAGAUUUCGCGAUCAACAAAACACUCCCAUGGAGAGAGCGGUCUAUUGGAUUGAAUAUGUUUUGCGUCAUAAUGGUGCCGCCCAUUUGCAUAACAUGGGAAAGAAUUUAUUAUGGUGGCAAUUUUACAGUAUAGAUGUAAUUAUUGCAAUACUGUUUUUAUUUGCUUUAGUAAUAUGUUUGGCUUUAGUUAUUGUUAAGAUUUUAAUGGAUUUACUUUGGAAAUUAAAACUAAGAGAUAAAAACAAUGUAAAUAAGGAAAAGAAAUUGUAAGAAUGUGUAUUGUAAUGAAAAUUAAUAUAGUUAAAAUAAAUUAGGUAUAUGAAGUUAAUUUUAAAUUAA